AUGUUUAACAAAUCCUUUGGGACUCCGUUUGGAGGCAGCACUGGCUUUGGGACAACUUCCACUUUUGGGCAAAAUGCUGGCUUUGGUACCACGAGUGGAGGAGCCUUUGGAACAUCAGCCUUUGGGUCCAACAAUAACACUGGAGGCCUCUUUGGGGGCACCCAGACCAAACCAGGAGGAUUGUUUGGCUCGACCACGUUUAACCAGCCAGCCACCUCCUCCACAAGCACUGGCUUUGGGUUUGGAACAUCAACUGGGACAUCCAACAGCCUGUUUGGAACCACCAGCACGGGUGGGGGCCUCUUCUCAUCCCAGAAUAAUGCCUUUGCACAGAACAAGCCAGCUGGGUUUGGAAACUUUGGCACCAGUACCAGCAGUGGAGGUCUCUUUGGAACUACUAACACCACUUCCAAUCCUUUUGGGAGUACUUCUGGCUCUCUUUUUGGCCCAACUAGUUUUACUGCUGCUCCAACUGGCACGACCAUCAAGUUUAAUCCACCAACUGGUACAGAUACUAUGGUCAAGUCUGGAGUUAGCACCAGCAUCAACACCAAGCACCAAUGUAUCACUGCUAUGAAAGAGUAUGAGAGCAAAUCCCUGGAGGAACUCCGUUUAGAAGAUUACCAGGCAAACAGGAAAGGGCCCUCAAACCCUGUAGGGGCAGGAGCAGCUGCAGGAUUGUUUGGAUCUUCCACUGCUACAUCAAGUACAGCCACAGGACUGUUUGGCUCUUCUACAACCAACACAGGCUUCUCAUAUGGGCAGAAUAAAACUGCUUUUGGAACCAGCACAACUGGCUUUGGAACUGGCACCACGGGGGGUCUUUUUGGCCAACAGUCCCAAACUACCAGUUUGUUCAACAAACCCUUCGGCCAAGCCACGACGACGCAGAACACCGGCUUCUCCUUUGUCAACACCAGCACCUUGGGGCAGCCCAACACAAGCACCAUGGGUCUCUUUGGGGUAACCCAGCCCUCACAGCCUGGAGGCCUGUUUGGAACAGCUGCCAAUACAAAUGCUGGUACUGGAUUUGGAACUGGAACUGGUCUGUUUGGACAAACUAAUACAGGAUUUGGUGUUGGCGGUUCGACUUUGUUUGGUAACAAACCAGCUGGAUUUGGAACCACCACAACCAGUGCUCCCUCCUUUGGCACGACCACCGGCGGCAGCCUCUUUGGUUUCGGUGCCAACACUGCUGGGAAUAGUUUGUUUGGAAAUAAACCUGCUACUGGGACUCUGGGAACUGGGCUUGGAACAGGAUUUGGGACAGCUCUUGGGGCAGGACAGACAUCUUUGUUUGGAAACACCCAACCUAAGCUUGGAGCAACGCUCGGAACGGGACCCUUUGGAGCAGCAGGGUUCAACACAUCAACAGCUACCCUGGGCUUUGGAGCCCCUCAGCCUGCUGUGGCACUGACAGACCCAAAUGCCUCAGCUGCCCAGCAGGCUGUUCUGCAGCAGCACCUCAAUAGCUUGACUUAUUCUCCCUUUGGAGAUUCCCCACUCUUCAGAAACCCCAUGUCAGACCCAAAGAAAAAAGAAGAGAGGCUGAAACCAACAAACCCAGCAGCUCAGAAGGCCUUAACAACACCCACCCACUACAAACUGACCCCGCGUCCGGCCACCAGAGUGCGCCCCAAGGCUCUGCAGUCUGCUGGCUCUGCCAAGUCUCAGCUCUUCGAUGGCCUUGAUGAUGAUGAGCCCUCCCUCUCCAACGGGGCAUUCAUGCCAAAGAAGAGCAUCAAAAAGUUGGUUUUGAAGAACCUCAACAGCACCAACUUGUUCUCCCUGGUCAAUCGUGAGAACGAAGACCUGGCUUCUCCAUCCGAGUAUCCCGAGGACGGGGAUCGGUUCUUUUUGUCAGUGCCUCCCGAGGAAAACCACAGGCAAGAUGGUGAGCGAGAGGAGGAGGAGGAUCCUCACGAGGUGACCAGGUUUUACACCAACCGCAUUGCCAAGCCCAUCCCCCAGACCCCAGAGAACCCGGGGCAGAGGCACCAGAACAGCAUGGACGACACCAUCGCGGCGCUGAACAUGCGCGCGGCCCUGCGGAACGGGCUGGAGGGCAGCAGCGAGGACGCCUCCUUCCAGGAUGAUUCCCUUCAGGAUGAGCGUGAGGAGGAGCCUGAGACUGUCCAUCAUCUGCAUCCUGCAGGAAUUGUUCUGACAAGAGCUGGUUAUUACACCAUCCCCUCCAUGGAGGAGCUGGCCAGGCUGACCAGCGACAGGAGCGAGUGCGUCGUGACAGACUUCACCAUCGGCCGCAAAGGUUAUGGAUCGAUUUACUUUGAAGGAGAAGUGAAUCUCACCAACUUAAAUCUGGAUGACAUUGUGCACAUCCGGAGGAAAGAAGUGAUUGUGUAUCCUGAUGAUGAGAGGAAACCCCCUAUUGGUGAAGGGUUGAACAGGCGAGCUGAAGUGACCCUGGAUGGGGUCUGGCCUACGGACAAAACAUCCCGCUGCCUGAUCAAGAGCCCCGAGCGCCUGGCCGAGAUGAACUACGAGGGGCGGCUGGAGGCCGUGUCGCGCCGGCAGGGCGCGCGCUUCAAGGAGUAUCGCCCCGAGACUGGCUCCUGGGUCUUCAAGGUGGCACACUUCUCCAAGUAUGGCUUACAGGAUUCGGAUGAGGAAGAGGAAGAGCAUCCUUCCAAAGUGGACACAAAGAAGCUAAAAACAACCCCAGCGCCUCCCCCAGGGCACCUGCUGCCCCAGCAAAUCACCCUGAACGGGAAGCCCACCCCUCCAUCCCAGACCCCCGAAGUGGAGCAGCUGGGCAGAGUGGUGGAGCUGGACAGUGACAUGGCAGACAUCACCCAGGAGCCUCCCCUGGAGUCCCUCGGAGAAGACAACGUGCUGGAGGAGCAGGAGGCCGUGCCUGCCUCCACUCACAUCGCCUCCACCCUGGGCAUUAACCCCCACGUCUUGCAGAUCAUGAAAGCUUCCCUGCUUGCUGAUGAAGAUGACCUAGACUUGAUCCUGGAUCAUUAUCCUGGGAAACAACCUGUGAAAAUGGACACUUCUCAAGAGAUCUGUUCUCCAAGGCUCCCUAUCUCAAAAUCACAAGGACAGAAAAGAUACUCAGUUGGUGGGCUGCUGCAAUCCAAGUUUGCUAAUGCCUUUUUCCAACCUCCGAGUGCUGCUCUGCAAGAUGCCAAGGGACCCAGGACAUCCAGCAGCCCCCCUGCUGUCACCCCUUGGUCAGCCACUUCUCCCUUGGCUUCUGCCUUCUCCGUCCCUCCGUCGGUCCCCGAGGUGCAGAUGAAAACCGUCGGUGUCCGUCGGCAGCGGGGGCUGGUGCCCCUGGAAAAGUCCAUCACCUAUGGAAAAGGGAAGCUGCUGAUGGACAUGGCACUCUUCAUGGGACGCUCAUUUCGUGUUGGUUGGGGGCCCAACUGGACACUUGUCAAUUGUGGAGAUCAGCUGAGUGCAUCAAGUGAAAGGGAGGAUGUUCGGGACGAGUCUGUGGGAUAUGGGUUCCUGCCAACUCCUGUUGCUCCAAAACCACUCUCAGAAUCCUCUUUCAAAGUUCAUGUGGAGAAGCUGAGCUUAGAGCAACGGAAGAGGGGCAGGGACAAACAGCUGUACCUCAUCCCCCUGGAGAUAAAGCUGAAGCACAGCACUGUCCACAUGGAUGAGAAGUGUCCUCUUCUAGCUCCCAACCCAGGAGUUUCUGCCAUCCAUGACUACGCAGACUGGGCUCGGGAGGCGUCCGAGGAUCCUGCAGGGACAGAGACUGUGGUGAAGCACUGGUGCUUGACGUGGACUCUGUGUGAAGCCAUCUGGGGCAACCUGAAGGAGCUGGAGGCCAGGCUGGAGGAGCCCAGCGAGUACCUGCUGUCCCUGGAGCGCAGAAGGGCCUUUUCCCGCUGGCUGGCGGAGACGGCGGCGCGGCGCGUGGAGGAGGAGGUGUCCCUGUCCCGCCACGGCAGCCCCGUGGAGGCCGUGUUCAGCUGCCUGACUGGGAGGAGAAUUGGUGAAGCCUGCAGGCUGGCACAGCAGGCAGGUGACCACAGGCUGGCUCUGCUGCUGUCCCAGCUGGAGGGCAGCCAGCCCCUGGGGGACCUGCUGACCAUGCAGCUGGUGGACUGGCACCGGCUGCAGGCCGACCGCUUCAUCGCCGAGGAGCGGCUGCACCUCUUCGCCCUGCUGGCCGGGAAGCCGGUGUGGCAGCUCUCAGAACGUGUCAGCAUCAACGUGUGCUCGCUGCUGGACUGGAAGCGCUGCGUGGCUGUUCACCUCUGGUACCUGCUGCCUCCAACAGCCUCCAUUGCCAAGGCUCUGGCCAUGUAUGAGGCAGCAUUCCAGAACACAGCAGAGUGUGAAAAAUACGCCUGCUGCCCUUUGCCUCCUUACCUGGAGGAUUCUGGCUGUGUGGUUGAAGAAGAUGACAGUGCAGGAAGGCCUCUGAGGGACGUGUGCUUCCACCUGCUCAAGCUCUACAGUGACAGGCUCUAUGAUCUUGACCAGCUGCUUGAUCCCAGGAGCGUGACAUCCGACCCUCUGGACCAUCGUCUCAGCUGGCACCUCUGGGAGGUGCUGAGGGCCCUGAACUACACCCACCUCCUCAGGCAGAGCCAGGGGGUGCUGAACACCAGCUAUGCUGCCCAGCUGGAGAGUGAGGGGCUGUGGGAAUGGGCUGUGUUUGUCCUGCUGCACGAGCCAGACACACGCACCCGGGAGAAGGCCGUGCGGGAGCUCCUGGACCGGCACUGCAGCCUGGAGGAGACCCCCGAGUCCUGGAGCAAGGAGGUGUUCCUGACUGAGAGGCUCUGCGUCCCCCCAGAGUGGAUUCAUGAAGCAAAGGCAGUUCGAGCAAGGAUGGAGGGGGACAAGCACAAAGAAGCCCUCUUCUUGUUCAAGGCUGGGCACUGGAACCAGUGUCACAAGCUGGUUGUCAGGCACUUGGCCUCAGAUGCCAUUAUCAACGAGAACUACAAGUACCUGAAGGGAUUCCUGGAGGACCUGGCCCCCCCAGAGCGCAGUGCCCUGAUCCAGGACUGGGAGCUGGCAGGGCUGGUCUACCUGGACUACAUCCACGUCACCGAGAUGCUCGACAGGAUCCAGCAGGUGGAUUGUUCCACCUACGAGCUGGAGAGGUUACACAAUACAGUGACAUCCCUGUGCAACAGGAUAGAGCAGCUCCAGUGCCACUGUGCCAAGGACUCCCUGGCACAGUCAGACAUGGCCAAACGCCUGGCCAACCUGCUGCGGGUGGUGCUGAGCCUGCAGCACUGCCCCGAGCCCGCCCCGCAGCGCCUCCCGCUGCGCCUGCUGGCCCCGCACCUCGGCCGCCUGCCCAUGCCCGAGGACUACGCCCUGGAGGAGCUGAGGAGCCUCACCCAGUCCUACCUGCGGGAACUGACCGUGGGCACGCCCUGA